AUGCAGACAUUGAUCAUAUUUUGUACUACAUUAUACCUCUCCUUCUGUCAGUCUAACCGGAAUCAAAGGCAGCUUCUUCUGCAACCGCUGUCCGCCACUCGCAGAGGAUUCACACCACACAUAUCGCAUUUGAGAUUACCUAAAGCAAUAGUCCUCGAUGCUCUUCCUAUGACAGGCUGGAACGGACGAGCUCAGAGAACACCUGCUGUUCUAGUAGAUGAAAAAGCCGCCGAUACCUCAAAUCUCAAGAAUGCGGAAUCAAUUUUGGCUGGAAAUAUGUCGAAGGCGUUCUUGCAGGAGUUAUCAGACUAUCUUUAUGGUUUGAUGUCAGGGAAGCGGUCAGGCUCGACACAUCGAGCCCGGCACAGUGCAUUCCGUAGGGGAAGACAUAGCAAUGAAUUGCUCGAUUAUGAAGACGAAGCUCGAGCAAGAGAUGCCGAAGAGCUGACAAAACGUCGUAGCAUGCCCGUCAUGCAGACAGAUCCGAGAAGCGCCAUAUUGUCAAGAAGGAACAAUAUUACUAGGAUAAUUUCGGCAAAUAAUGUACAAUUUCGAAGUAUGCGCGUACCCUUAGCUCAAAAUAGCAUCCGGACAAUGCCGGCUAGAGGCAGCCCAUCAUUCAUUCUGUCCCAACCUAUCCAUUCAAAAUCAUCAAAGAGGAUUGAUUCGCAAGCUAUUCGCAUGAUGUCGCGACCUUUGAGACAUCGAGACAGCAGAAGAGCCGGAGUGAGUAGACGACGGGCGGAGAACGUCCCAAGGAGUUUGCGGUAUCGCUCCAGCAGAAUAGCUUAGGGUAGAUCUCAUUACGGU